AUGCGUAAGGCGUUGCAGCAGCAGGAUGAGACGGAAUCUUCUUCCGAAGACUCCUACAAUGAUUCUGUUGGUGGCACAGAACAAUCAUGGAUAUCUUGGUUCUGCACUUUGAAGGGUAACGAGAUGUUUUGCGAAGUGGACGAGGACUACAUUCAAGACGACUUCAACUUGAGUGGACUGAGCUCCUCUGUCCCGUAUUAUGACUACGCCCUAGAUAUGAUCCUUGACGUGGAGCGAGAGCGUCAAGAGCUGAAUGAGCAGCAACGAGAACUAGUCGAGUCUGCGGCAGAGUUACUGUAUGGUCUUAUUCAUGCGCGAUAUAUUCUCACACAAAGAGGGAUGACCGCGAUGUUAGAAAAGUAUAAACGAAACCACUUCGGGAGGUGUCCUCGUUUUCUCUGUGCGAACACGCCAUGCCUACCAGUGGGUACAUCUGAUAUAUUCCGAACGGCCACUGUUAAGAUAUUCUGCCCGAAGUGCAAGGACGUUUACUUCCCACGAAGCAAAUACCAAGGAAACACAGACGGAGCAUAUUUUGGAACUACUUUUCCUCAUUUAUUUUUGAUGACCUUCAGCCACUUGCAGAUUACGAAGCAAGUUACUGCGUACGAGCCCAGAAUCUUUGGAUUCAAGAUACAUGAACACUGA